UUGUGGGAAGUACCGGUGUCCGGGCGGAAAACGUGUUCUGUCAGAGAGUCGAAGUUUGUUGUUUUAACUUUCGCUUCUUGGCGUCUCAAAAUGGAAAAUAAGACAGCGACGUACAAACGUUAUAUCUGUUCGUUUCCUGACUGCCCGGCUGCUUACAACAAACAAUGGAAAUUGGACGCUCAUCUCUGUAAACACACAGGAAUAAAACCAUACUCAUGUGAGCACGAUGGCUGCGGUAAGUCCUUCUGUAGCCCGUAUCACUUGGCAAGACAUGACCUCAGCCACAGCGGAGUGAAACAUUUUCGGUGUACCGUUGAUGGCUGCACGGAGGCCUUCACCACUAAUUCAAACCGGACCAGACACGUCAGCCGCGUGCACACCCAAGAGCAGAAGAAAUACGUCUGCAAAAUUGAAGGCUGUGGCCUGGAGUUCAAGAAAAACAAGCAGCUGAAAUCCCACAUGUGCGAACAGCACACAAUGCUGCCUCCUUAUCAAUGCGCUUAUGAGGGAUGCCAGAUGCGAUUCACCAUCCCCAGUAAACUGAAGCGGCAUGAGAAGGUGCACAAAGGAUACACCUGCAAGGAGGAAGACUGCACCUUCACAGGCAAGACCUGGACAGAGUUACUGAAGCACAGGAAAGAGCAGCACAGGACUGUUUUUAGGUGUGAGCACUGCAACAAGGUGUUCCGGGACUCCUGGUUCCUGCAGCAGCAUCAGCACGUCCACUCUGAAACGAGAACCGUUUUCAAAUGUCCCAGAGAUGGCUGUGGCAGGUCGUACACCACAAUGUUUAACCUGCAGAGCCACAUCAGCUCCUUCCAUGAGGAUCUGCGUCCUUUUGCCUGCACCCACGCUGGAUGUGGGAAGACCUUUGCCAUGACACAGAGCCUCCAGCGUCACAAAGUUAUCCAUGAUCCACAGAGGAAGAAACUUAAGAUGCCUAGACCUAAAAGGUCACUUGCCUCCAGGUUAAGUGGCUAUGAUGAAACCAAGAGCUUGAUGUCCAGGAAACGCCAACUGCCUAAAGCACAUAUAGGAUCCACACAACAGAACACAGACCAACCUGGUCCUGUUGAGUUGGUGUCACUCCUGCAGGAUACGUCCCUGCUUUGCUGCCCAGUUGUAGAAAAGCAUGGACUCACUAAUGCACUGACUACACCUUUAACAGUGUAGUCCAAUGAAAAGAUUAAUGCCAGUAUUGUGAGCACAGGAGGCACUUUUCACGAAUAUUUAUGUUAUCGUUUCUAAUAUACUUGUGUGAAGUCUGUUUUGUAGGUUGUCUUGUAUAAAGGUAAUAUCUUUGGACCCAUUUGGCUGAGUUAUUUUGUACUCUUUGUGGAAAAUGACUAUAAUUAAGAGUUGCUUUUUUGAUUAAUGUACAAAAAAUAAAUUUAUAUAGCUGGGGCCAUUAAGUUCAUUGUGAACCCUAUCCCAGCUGCCACUGAGUGAGAAGUAAAGCAUGUAUUUUAAUGUGACAUUUGUAUUUAAAAGGAAAAAAAAAAAUAUUUUGUCCUUAUGCAUCUUGAUUAAAAAUGUUUGC